GUCGAUUGAUAGACAACACGUUGAACGAACAUACGCAAUGGCAGUCCGAUGUCGUACCUGUCGCCUCUGUGCUGUGCUGUCUGUCGGCGCCUUGUGCCUCAACUCCAUCUGUGUCGACCGUCACGUGGUCACACGCAAUGGUCGAAGCCGAUAGAGCAUGGACACGAGACACCAAACACACCAACACGCCAAGGUCACGACUCACUCACUCACUGAUUGCUCAAAAGUGCACGCUUCCCCCUCACUCUCACUGUCUAAGUGGACGCAUGUCACACCCACCCACUGACUAUCCAUCGCUAUGUCAAUCAACAGACACACACAGAGACGCACUCAUACCCAUCCACACCCAUCCAAAGGCUCUUGCAAGCCAAGCCCUCUCUCUGUACACACAACACACGGCAGGCCUUCGUCCAUCGCAUAUAUCGGCCGAUGGACGGCAAUGCAUUCAUUGCAAUCAAGGUAGGUAGGUGGUGGUGAGCUGAGCUGAGCGGGAAAAAUUGGGAAUGAAAGAAACGGAGGGAGGGAGGGAAACACAACACAUCCAUCCCACGCAAGGCAGCACAAGGAGGAGACUAAAUGGGGUUCCUUAUUUUCUACAUCACACCAUCGCCCUCUGUCCUUUUGCCUCUCUGUCUUGGGCCGGUAGCUAGCUAUAGUAUCUUCCUCGGCGCCAUUUCCUUCUCAAGGAAUGUGACACAGUCCCCCACUGUGGCCGCCUUGCUCUCCAUCCUCCGACGCAACUCAUCGUGAACCCUGCACACACACACACAGAGAGAGACACACAGAGAGAGAAAGAGAGAGAAAGAGAGAGAGGGAAUUUGGGCAUGCAGCACACAGGGUCGAUGGCUGGCUGGCUGGUUGGUUGGCUGGUUGGUUGUUUGGUUGAGCGACCGUCGGUGUUUCCUGAGGAGGUUGGUGGCCUUGUGGAAGGCCCACUUGACGCGCAAAGAGGCCGUCUCGUCAUCAACACCUGAUCCGAUCCAGCAAUCAAUAAGACACGCCCUAGGAAAAAAGUGUCUGUCGUGUAUGCGCUGCGCGUGUGUCUGCUUUAUUUCUGUCUGUCUGUCUGUCUGUCUGUCUGUCUGUGACCUUUCAAGUAGUCCUUGUCGCGCAUGAGCUUGACAAACGCAUCGGACUGCCGGGGGUCGGCCACUAUGCACUCGGGAUGCUGGAGGUUCUCAGCCGCCACACCAGCCAACAGCCACACCAACUGCACUCACACACCACCAUACCAUAGCCCCUUACUUCUGCGCGUGUGUGUGGCCAGUGCGCCAGUCUGUCUGUCUGUGUGUGUGUGUGUGUGUGUGUGUGUACCAGUUUGUCGAUGCCGGCAGGUGUAAGGAGGUCCAUCCUUAUUCGUGGGUCCUCUGCCAUCUUGAGCGCCUCGAGGACGUUGGGUCUGAAGCAGAAGCACGGGAGGCCCAAGAGGUAGGCCACGAGGAAGGCGGCGCUCUCCACGCGGCACUGCCGCUCCUUGUCGUCCACCAACAGACGCUUCAGACCUGCUACAACACUCUUGGAGACCACACCACCACCUGCACACACAUAAAGAGCCAUGCCACACAGACGCCAAGCCCGUGUGGCACCCCAUUUCAUUGCUGGCUGUGUGUGUGUGUGCGUGUGUACCCUUGACGAUGUCAUAUACGCCGGCUGCCGCGAGGGCCAGUAGGGCAACGGUGGGGUAGAUCUCAUCGAAAUCGCCAUAGAUGUAGUCACCCAACUGACACACAAAGGCAGUGAAGGAAGCAUGGCCGCAGCCCGCCCGUCCCGUGUCUGCCUCUUUGGAUGGUUUGCGUACCGUUUCAGCCCCCACCCCGGUGCCGACGUAUCCCAUGAAUGCGCUCGCCACCACCACAUCCUUCGAGCGGCUGUCCUCAGGCAUGUCAGUCAAGCUCUCCGUCACACUCGCCAGCCUCCCUGCGUCGACGGGCGACCCCUCCCACCCCUUGUCAGCCUGCCCAUACACCACCGACAGCCCGCUUCCCGUCGCCAGCUCGAGCGACCGCUUCAUCGCCUCCGCGUCAUUCGUGACGGCUGCCGCGUCUACCAGCAGUGAAAAGGUCCUCGGGGUGGCCUUGAGGGCCUUCUGCCUCAUCUCGUCGAGCAGGGUCCACCCCUCCUGCAGAGAGGACUGACGCGCGUCGGGCGACUUGUCGUUGAGCACUCGCCGGAACAGCCCCUGGGCCAGGGUGUUGUACUUGUCCGCCUCGGGCAGGCUGUCCAGGAUACGCGCCAGCUCGCUGUCGCCGCCGCCACUGGGGGACUCGAUGAAGCUGAGGCUUUCGCUGCGAGUGGCUGACAGACGCAGCACUGACGCAGCGGCAUGCGGCGGGCGGAAUGGUUGUCUGUGGAGGCUCACUGGCGGUGCGAACGAGGGAUCUCUCCUGAGCUGCCGCCGAUAAUGAAUAGCCAGGCCGCUGUCAAGCCAUAUCAGCAAGACGAUGGCUGCCGAGUGCAGCUUCAUCUUCAGAAGGGAAGGCACCAAGUGCCGGACACGCGCCUGGAAACCCCAGAUCUCGAUCAGCGUCGCUGCCUGAGCAGAAAACUAGAGGGAUUUCCGCCUUCACUUCG